AGUACCACCGAGUCAAUACCCGCACGGAUGUAUUUCAAUGAGACACUGCACGUUAUGGGUGAUGUAGUUUCCACUGGCACACACGCCAGAACGCCCGGAUGCGGAAGUUUAUGCAACCGAGGAAGCGCGUCGUUUCGACAAAGCUGUGUUUCACUGGACUAGUUACUGAGGAACAAGUUGGGGCAAGUACCGCCACCAACAUGACCGCAAAAGUCUUAAAUGUUCUGUAAAAACGUUGCAACCUGUGUACGUACAUGUAGUCAGGAAGCUAAUACAUCAUACUCGUCCUACUUUGCUGUGUGAAAGUCGCCAAAAUGUUUUUCAUGAAACGCGUGGCGUCCGUUAGAUGCAUCCUUGUCCCUCCAUGCGCCUCCCUCUCUGUGAACUUUUCUUCUUGCCAUCGCCUAAGAUCCUCCAAGAGACACAGCCCGUACAGCGAGGUGGACAGUGAGCGCUAUUCCUCUCUCGUGAGAUCUGUCAUGUCGAGGGUCAGUUCCCAAACCCCGGAGACCUUCCAAGCGGAGGACGAGCACCUUUUUGGACCUGUCAUCAAAGCUCAGACGCCCUCCUCAGGACCAAAUAUAAGAGCACCUCAGACCCUUCAUCCAUUUUUACACUGCGGAGAGACUCUAGAGACAGAGGAGCUAGAGUCAGGACCUCCGGCGCAGAUUACACUAAACCGGGGCAAAGGCAGGUCUUCAGUACCGAGCGUGACCCGCAUUCUCCAGCAGACGCUUUCCCCAGAACAGAAAUACUACCUGGAGAGAUGGAAGAGGAGGAUGAUCGCAGAGCUCGGAGAGGAAGGCUUCAAAACAUACUCUCAGAAUUUAUUUAGGCAAGGGAAGAGUUUUCAUUCAUCUGUGGAGGACAUUCUGAUGUCAGGUGAAGCAUGGAAGAACAGAAAUCCCUCAGAGGCCCCAGAGUACCCACCUGAGACACAGGGCUACAUGGAGAGCAUCUCUCACGUCCUGGAGGAUGUCAGUGCAGUCAGAGCUAUUGAAAGCACCGUGCAGCAUGACACGCUGAACUACCUGGGGAUUGUGGAUUGUGUUGCUCGCUACAGGGGUGUACUGUGUAUUAUUGACUGGAAGACUUCAGAGAAGCCCAAACCGUUCCUGAGCAACACAUAUGACAACCCCAUUCAGGUGGCAGCCUAUGCUGGGGCUUUGAACAGUGACGGCAGCUACAAGUACCAGGUUGAAAAUGGACUCAUUGUAGUCGCCUACAAGGAUGGCUCGCCUGCCCACGCACACCAGUUGAGCUCAGAGCUGAUGUUAGACUACUGGAAAUCUUGGUUGGUUCGCCUCGAAGAGUUCACAGAACAGAGAUCCAGUCAGACAUCAAGUGCUUUUUCGGAGCUGAGAUGAGAUGUGCGGUCCUUAAGGGCCGGCCCAUGUUACGAAAAGGUGGCGUAGGUCAGGAUCCAGGACACGGGCUUUGCGUCUGCAUCCAGCACAUGGCAGGAGGGGAAGUUUGCUACCAUGUUCAGGGUCAUACGGACAGCCUGCUUGUUCAUGUCUGAUUCAUCGAGCCAAUGUGUGAUUCAUCCAGAGAGCUCAGUCAGACCCUUUAGCUGACGCAAAACAGAGCCGAAUGCUGUUGUCUUUACAAACGAUUAAAACCUGAAAUAAUGAUUUUGUUGAACACUGGACAUUUGCGAUAUCACUGCUUGGAUAGGCUCUGCCUGCCUGUAGAGGGCAGGUUGGACACAUCCUCCAGUACCAUCAUGUGACACGCUGCCAUUGCUGCUGAGCACGGCUUUUUCUGAUACCACUGCUUUGAAUCUGUCAAAUGUGGCAAAGGAUGAUUAAUGCAGUUUUUUUUUAACGUGUGAAACUGAAUUUGUUGUUUGUAUUUCUUUUGUCUUCUGAGAAACUGUAUUAUUUCAAAAGGAUUAAAGAUUCCACUGAUUCUAUCUUAAGUUAUUACAACCUGGAGACCAUGACUGUGCAAAUGUUGACGUCUGUAAGAUUUAGAAAGAUGUCCCAAAGUCGCUCUGAUAUUUUGGAACAAGCUGUCAAUAAGUACGUUUUUUCAUCUUAGAAUAGAAGGUGUCUGUUUCCUUAUGAUAUGAAUCCCAUCUUAUCUACCUCAUCUCUCCUUUUUAUUUACCUGUGUACCUGUUUUAUUUCUUUUGUUGAACUAACACUAUAGCCAUUUUGUAAUAGCACUGAGGCACUGAUCUUUGCACUCAUAACUGCAGUAUCAGUAUCUGCAUCAUAUUGGUGCAGUAUCUCUCAGAUCUCUAAAUGAUAUGCCAUAACAAUGGGAGGGCUUUGAACAAAAUGAUAGAAAACCCUUAACGCUACAUUUCUGCCUUAAAGGCUGCGGUGCCACAGUAACACUUAUGUCUUGUCACUGAGUCACUUGUCAUUUAAUUUACAGUUGAAUUUUAGGAGUGCAGAGCUCAGAACAUUAAUGUCAUGAUAGUAUUUCAGUGGUCAUAAGGCCACUUUAAUGAGUGCAAAGAAGAGAAUAAAAGGUUAAUGAAGU